AUGCGUAUCUUCUGCCAUGGCGCAACACAAACUCUAACCCCAACAGGUGGACUGAUGCAAGAAUUACAACGGGAUAAUACCGCAACCUUCCAUUUUCUCGAAGGGGACAUUGAUUCUGACCCGGGCCCUGGCAUCGCCGGCUACUAUGAUGGCCCGUACUACAGCUACUACCGAUUUCCACGAACCUUUUCGCUCGAGGACAAUGACGACUCCGACAUCCUAGAAGCGUAUGAGCAACUCAACGAAACUGUUGCGUUGGAAGGUCCGUUCGACGGCGUUCUAGGCUUCUCCCAUGGUGGUACCUUGGCCGCUGGCUUCAUGAUCCACCAUGCUAAGAUGCACCCGGAUGAGCCUGCGCUGUUCAGGUUUGCUAUCUUUAUCAAUUCCCUGCCACCGUUCCGCAUGGACCCUGGUGAACUCCCCGUUGUAGAAGAAGGGCUGGAAGGGUACAUCUCUAUUCCCAGUGUGCAUAUUGCCGGAGCUCAAGACCCACUCUUUGACUAUUCCGUGGCCUUGCAUCGGAUCUGUGCGGCGCAUCGUUCCACUUUUGCAGUGCACGGAAAGGGCCAUGAUGUCCCCAGUGAUCGAAAGAACGUCGUCAUUAUCGCCACUGCAAUUCGCAAAUUGCUCAAUCAGAUCUGGUGA